AAAAUUCGCGAUAUAUAACAAUUUGUGAUAUAUUUGCAUCAUAUAAUAAUAGAAUAGAGCUUUUUUUCCUUUUUCAUCUCAUCUCCCAAAUCCUGGUGAUAUCUGAUGAUGGAAAACGUUAAUGAAAUUCCUGCCUUACAUGGUGAUGAUUAUCAUCAUCAUUCUGAUGUUGUUGAAAAACCUUUAGAAAAGAUAGAUGUCGAUAAUAACAGCAUUAAUAAUAAUAAUAAUAAUAAUGAAAAUGGAAAUGAAAAAAUGAUUGAAACAAAAAUUUCAAAAUCCGAACAAUCAUUAUCCGAUAAUAAUAAACAAUCAUAUAAUAAAACAUUUAUGUAUCAAAUUCGUACACAAUUAUUAGGUAUUCGUUUUCUUCAAAAUGAACGUAAAGGUUUUGAACAAGAAGUUGAACGUUCAAUGCAUAAAUUAAAAGUUAAUCAUGAAAUGAAUGCAAUUGAUAAUGGUGAUUUACCUGAAAUUCUAAUCAAUAUUCCUCAUACUAUAAAUGAUUUUGUUAUUAUUGAAUUUGUUAACAAAACAAUGGAUGAUGAAAAAUUAUUUUCAUUGAUUCAAAAAUGUAAUGAAGAAUUUUUCGAUAAUUUACAUCCAAAUGAUGUACAAAUUGUACGUGAUGCAUUAUUAAUACAUCCGAUCAGAAUUUUAGUUAAUCAAUUAUUUUUAUAUCGUGGCCAAUUAAAUACACCAGUUGAACGUUGUUUAACAAUGACAACAAUUUUUUCAUUACUUUCAUCACCUUCAACGGCAAAACAACGACAACAAAAUCGUUAUCAACAAUGUUUGAUAGCACAAUUUGAAUCACCGGCACAGGUUACCGAUGUAUUGAAUGUAUUUCGUAAAUUACAUGGUAUUAUGAAUCAAUUUCAACCAUUAUCAACAAAUAUUGUUGUAUCACGUGUUAAUGAAUAUAAAAUUGUAAUGAAUGCCGAGGUUGAAAUUCAAGAAGAAAUUAGUGAUGGAAAAUGGCAAACUUGUCCACGUGAAAAAGAUAGUUUUAAAAUUCGUACCAAUAUUGAUAAACGUAUCAUAAUCAAUUUACAACAAGAUCUAACACAUUAUAAUUUUCCAAUGAUAAGAAUUGAACGUUGUUUUGGAAUGCUAUUGUCACCCGGACGAAAUGUUUCACCAAAUCAAAUGGUAGCUAUUGGUUUAAAUUCGAUGAGUUCAUCGAUACCGAAUCCGGAAACGGCACCAACACAAUCACAAUGGCAAAUUGUUGCCAGUUGGAUUCCAACCGAAAUCGAUUCGGAUCAUUUAAAUACUGAAACAACACGAAGUAGUCGUGUAUAUUUUACUAUUGCAUUGGAUUUAAUUCUGGAAAAUAUUGAAGAACCAAUUCGAUUUAUUUUCGAAUCAAAAGCAAAAAUCAUUCCAACAUCGAUAUCAGCAACUGAAAAAUUUUGGAAAAAUUUAGCUAAUCUUUCGAAAAAUUCACAACAUUAUAUGCAUGAAUCAUUUUCAUUGAUUGUUCGACAACGACCAGAUAUGCAUGGCCGUAUUAUUUAUGAUGUAAUUUCUUGUCUUUCAUCAACGCAAAUCGCUAUGCAAAAACAGCGAUUAUCAUUGCAGCUUAAUUUGAAUAAAAUAUCGGAAAGUUCAAAAGAGAAUUCUACUCCGACACCCAGUUCACCAUUGCCCGAAGAAGAACAACAACAUGAUAAUAAUAAUAAUGAUGAUGAUGAACCAUUACAAAGUGGAUCUGGUUCGGUUCGACGUGAAUGUUCACAAAAUGAAAUUCAAGCCUGGCAUAACAUUAUGGAAAAAUGGAAUAAAGAAAAUCUAUCUGUACGACCACGACAAUUGGCCAAUAUGAUAAGACGUGGUGGAAUUCCACAAGCUUUACGGCCAGAAAUAUGGCAGCUAUUAUCUGGUGCACAUGAAAUUGAAGAAAAAAUAUUACCAAAAUAUAAGCUAUUUGUUACACAAGAAUCUUCAUAUGAAUCAAUCAUUUUACGUGAUAUUUCGCGUACAUUUACUGCUCAUGAAAAAUUUCGUGAUUCUGGAUCGGAUCAACAAGAAUCAUUGUUUCGUAUUUGUAAAGCAUAUUCAAAUUAUGAUUCGGAAAUUGGCUAUUGUCAAGGUCUUUCAUAUUUGAUUGCAGCUCUUUUGUUGAAUAUGCCCGAAGAACAGGCAUUCCUAGUGCUGAUACAAAUCAUGUAUCGUUAUGGUUUACGUGAUUUGUUUAAAAGUGGUCUAGAAAAUUUACAUUGUAAAUUUUAUCAACUUGAACGAUUAUUAGACGAACAAAUACCCGAACUUUAUUGCCAUUUUAUUGAUCUACAUAUCGAAGCUCAUAUGUAUGCAUCACAAUGGUUUUUAACAUUAUUCACUACAAAAUUUCCAUUGAAUGUUGUGUUUCGAAUUAUUGAUCUAUUUCUGUUGGAUGAAAUGGAUGUUAUUCUACAGAUCGCUUUAGGAUUGUUACAAAUGUCUAAAAAUGAUCUAUUAGCAUUAGAUUUUGAAGGUAUUAUGAAAUAUUUUCGGGUCACUUUACCUAAAAUUUAUCGUGUUGAUGAUUCGGCUGCUCAAUUGAUUAAAAAAUCUAUCAAAAUCAAUGUCAAGAAAUCAAAAAAAUAUGAAGCUCAAUUCAAAGAAUGGCAGGAAAAGAAUCGUGAUCCAUUGGAAAUUUUGCAAACGGAAAAUAAACGAUUAAUGCAGACGGUUGCCCGGUUAGAACAGGAAAACGAUGAUCAAGCAAUGGAACUGAUCGGAUUAUGCCAAUCCAAAAUACGGAUGAAAAUUGAGGUUGAUCGUGCUGAAGAUAAAGCUGACACACUUAACAACUUAUUAUUACAGACUCGAACUAAAUUGGUCGAUUCUGAUGAUGAUCGUAAACAAUUGAAUGAAGAGCUUAAAAAUUUAAAGGACAAGUAUCGUCAUGAAAUUGAUCGUUUCGAAUUGGAAACUAAAAAUGAACGGAAAAUUAUCGAAGAAUAUAAACAAAUCUGUAAAAAUUAUCAGGAAAAAUAUGAAAAAUGUCGAGAAGAUUCGAAUAAAAUGAUGGAAAAAAUACUUAAUGAAAUAAAAACAUGUCAAAAUUGUACAGAAAUUGUUAGAAAAAUUAUGCAUUCAGAAACGGAUAAUUCGAUCGAUCAAAAUAAUCAUAGUAGUAAUGGUCAGAUUGAAGAAGAACAAGAUAAAGCUAAACAAGAUCUUUAUCGACGAAUUGUCGAUCUGGAAUCCGAAUUGAUCAAAACAAAGAUUGCUUUGGCCGAAUCUGAAGAUCGUAAUGGGCAAUUGAUGGGAAAAUUACAUUCAACAACUUCAGAAUUGAAUUUAUUAAAAGCAGAAAAUGAUGAACGUGCAGCAAUGGCAAAUAAUACUUGGUUUACAAAAACAUUAUUAUCAUUUCGUGAUGCAACAAAUUCAUCUUCAUCAUCAUCAUCAUCAACACAAACAAAACAUGUGAAACAAAGUAAUUCAAUUUCAUCGGGAAUUGCAUCAUCAUUAUCAAACGAAUCAUCAUUGAACAAUAGUCAACAAACUAAUCAAACCAAUAAUAAUGAGCCACAAAAAUCAAAUAUGAAUAAUAAAUUUCGACGUAACAGUAGUCAAAGUGAACAUUGAAAACAAAACAAAAAAAAUUCAUCAAAUAUAAAAUGUGCAAACAAAAAACAAAACAAAACAAUCAUUUUCUAGUCUG